UUUGGUUCGAGGGAGUCACGUCGUGGCGAGUUAGCCAGCACCGAUGGUUUCUUUGGCAAACUCUGCAUUGCUAAGAGAGGAGAGAGAAGAGAGGAAGACUCUUUCAAAUCAUGUCUCCCUCAACCUCCGGCGACCUCUCCUCUCUCUCUAACACCUCCUCCAUUCCCUAUCCGCUCUGCCCUCUUCUCUCUCCCUUUGCAUGCCUCACAGACCAUACGCGCGAUCGAAGCAUUGAGGCAUUGACCAUUGUUGCACCGAGCUUGGCCGCGGCAAGAAAUGGAUAGGAUCCCCAUCCCGCCGCUCAAGUCCAGCAGCUUCUCCGCGGCCACCAUCCGCGAGGACAAGCUCGCCCGCAACCUCUCGCUCGGACCCAUCAAGCUCAACGAGCACGUCAAGGAGGCGCGCCAGGAGAAACCCGAAGGCCACGUCGAUGACACGGGCGGCGGCGAGGCAGGGGUCGAGCCCGUGCCAGAGGAGGUUAGCGAGCCGGAUCUCGCCGCGCUGUCGGCGGAGAUCGACGCCUUCCUCGCCGCUCGGGACGGCGACGCGGCGGAACCGGUCGUCUCGGAGGUGACGCUGGACAAGUUUGCUAACGCCGUCGAGCAGGAGAUCGCGCAGGCGGAGGGCGCCGACGAAAAGUGGUUGUCGGAUGAGGCUGGGGAGGUGCCGCAGCUCCUCGCUGCGAUCAAGCGUAUCGCCGCGCUCGCGUCCGUGCUCACCGCGAACCACGCGGAGGGGGGCACGUACACCAUCGGGGUGCACCGCGUCACCGGCGUGCUGCACCGCGCCAUGACGUUCGUGGAGGACGAGUUCCACGCGAUGCUCGAGGACCCCCGCGUCGCCAAGACGGUGCCGCACAGCGGCGACACGGGCAGCGCCACCAGCAAGUCGAUGAAGCGGCCGCCGUCAUUUGGGCACGGCGGUGAGCCCGACCGCUGCGUCCUCCCGUCUUCGGACGGCAACGGCACCGGGGGCGACGCUUCGCCGCCGUUCCCGACGGAGACCGUGGAGCGGCUCCGCGCCAUGGCGGAGUCCAUGAUCGCCGCGGGGUACGGGACGGAGUGCACGCAGGUGUUCCUGGUGGCGCGCCGCAACGCGCUGGACGCGGCGAUGCAGAGCCUCGGGUACGAGAAGGCGAGCAUCGACGACGUGGUGAAGAUGCCGUGGGAGGCUCUGGAGUCGGAGAUCGCGACGUGGAUCAAGGCGUUCCGGCACGCCGUCGACGUUGGCCUCCCGGGCGAGCGCGACCUCUGCGUUCGUGUGUUUGCCGGCGGCCAAGAGGGGCUCGGCCGCGGCAUCUUCGCCGACCUCGCGCGCUGCGCCGUAGUGCACAUGCUCAACUUCACGGAGGCCGUGACCAUGACCAAGCGCGCGGCCGAGAAGCUCUUCAAGGUACUCGACAUGUACGAGGCUAUCAGCGACGCGGCCCCCGUCGUCGACGCGUUCCUCGUCUCGGAAGACGAGGCCUCUGAUCAAGACGGCGGCAGCGCUGCCACCGCCCUGGCCGACCUCAAGUCUGAGCUCGCCUCCGUGCGGUCCCGCCUGGGUGAGUCGGCGGCGGCCAUCUUCUGCGACCUGGAGAGUUCCAUCCGCGCGGACGCCGGCAAGCAGCCUGUCCCCGGCGGCGCGGUGCACCCGCUGACCCGGUACCUGACGAACUACCUCAAGUACGCGUGCGAGUACAAGAACACGCUGGAGCAGGUGUUCCGGGAGCACCACCGCCCGGACGGCGACGAGCACGAGGGCAGCGGCGACCGGUUCGCGGCGCAGCUGAUGGAGGUGAUGGAGCUGCUGCACGGGAACCUGGAGGCGAAGUCGCGGUUGUACAAGGACCCGGCGCUGAGCAGCAUCUUCCUGAUGAACAACGGGCGGUACAUGCUGCAGAAGAUCCGCGGCUCGCCGGAGAUCAACGCCGUGGUGGGCGAGGCGUGGUCGCGGAAGCGGUCGACGGACCUGCGGCAGUACCACAAGAACUACCAGCGGGAGACGUGGAGCCGCGUGCUGAACCUGCUCCGUGACGACGGCGUGAUCACGGUGAAGGGGUCGGUGCAGAAGCCGGUGCUCAAGGAGCGGUUCAAGCAGUUCAACGCGGCCAUGGACGAGAUCCAGCGGACGCAGGGCGCGUGGGUGGUGAGCGACGAGCAGUUGCAGUCGGAGCUGCGCGUCUCCAUCGCCGCCGUCAUCGUGCCGGCGUACCGCUCCUUCCUCGGGCGCUUCGCGCAGCACUUCAGCGCGGGGAGGCAGACGGAGAAGUACAUCAAGCUCAGCGGCGAGGACCUCGAGGCCAUCAUCGAGGAGCUCUUCGACGGAAACGCCGUGUCCAUGCCCAGGAGGAGGACGUAACAAUAACAGGUCUCCAUGGACGCUAAGCUUCUGCUCCGGUGCAUGCAUGACUAAGUUGAUUUAAGCAACUUACUACUCCAUUAAUGUUGUUUGUUUGCUCUUGUUAAUUUUGAUGGUUCAUAUUGACAGUUUUGGUCCAACAGGUGAUGGUGUAAUCGUACUUAAACUCACUGCAUUGCUCUUGCUCAAUCACGGCAGAUA